UUGUUUAAAUAAGAUCGGAUAGCGACACAAUAAGCACGUGUAAUUUGAAUAUCAUCGUUCGAUUCGAUUCGUUCAUUCCGUCAGAGUCACGAACGUUCUUUCCUUCAUUCAGCUUUUCGUUCCCCUUUCUACAAAUUUCUGCAAUCAAUCCCUCCUCCCACGUAUCGUCCCAAUCAAAAUUCGCAAUUUCGCAUCAACGACAUCGCAAUUUUCAUCCUCUUCAAUGGCGGUUUUGAACAACCGCCUCGUUUGCAGAGCAGCUGCACCAAUUCGAAGUUUCUGCACCAAAUCAGCUGAGACGGAGGCCGAGCUUGGCCGAGCUCUUUCCUCAGCCAUUCCUGCUCAAAGUUCCAAGGAGAAGGGCAGGAAUAUCCAGUGGGUGUUUCUAGGCUGCCCUGGAGUCGGCAAGGGGACCUACGCCGCUCGUCUGUCGCGACUCCUCGGCGUGCCUCACAUCGCCACCGGCGAUCUCGUUCGCCAGGAGCUCUCCUCCCGCCGGCCGCUCGCUUCUCAGCUUGCGGGGAUUGUUAACCAAGGGAAGUUAAUUUCAGAUGAGAUUAUUAUAGAUCUUCUUUCAAAGCGUCUAGAAGAUGCUCAAACUAAGGGCGAUACAGGGUUCAUUCUUGAUGGAUUUCCUCGAACUGUUAGACAAGCCGAAAUUUUGGAAGGAGUUACAGAUAUUGACUUGGUAAUCAAUCUGAAACUUCGAGAAGAAGCAUUAAUUGCUAAAUGCCUUGGACGAAGAAUUUGCAGCGAGUGUGGAAGGAAUUUCAAUGUCGCCUGCGUUGACAUCAAGAGUGAAGAUGGUAACCCGGGAAUGUACAUGCCUCCACUUCUUCCUCCUCCGCAAUGUACAUCAAAAUUAACUAUUCGUUCCGAUGACACAGAAGAAAUUGUUAAAGAACGCCUCCGAGUCUACAAUGAUAUGAGUCGAGCUGUUGAAGAAUUCUACCAACGGCGUGGAAAACUAUUGGAGUUCGAUCUUCCUGGAGGAAUUCCGGAAUCAUGGCCAAAGUUGCUUCAUGCUUUAAAUCUCAAUGACAACGAAGACAAAAGAACAGCCGCCGCCUGAUCUUCACAAUACUUCUCGAUUAUCCUAAAACCUCGGGUAAGUAAGUCAGUCAUUAUUUACGCAUAAAUUCUGCGUGUCUAUUGCCUGUUAUGUGUUAUUUAAUACACAGUUUCGGAAAUAGGUGAUUAUAUAUCUAUAUGUGCUUCAAUUCUUUCAAUAAGGGCUGGUACAGUGUUCUAUAGGUUGCUUUCUUAUAAAUAUGUUUUUAAUUAA